UUCAUUGAUACUAUAUGUAUACGUACUUGUCACAAUAAAGGGACUUUCAUUAGCAACUCCUCCAAAAGUGUGAAGACCAAGAGAUGUCCUGAUGGGUAUACACGGUUUGAAGAAUCCUGCUAUCUUCUGAACAAUGAAGUUUCUUCCUGGAUAGAGGCCUACCAAAUUUGCAAAAUCUUUGACAGCAGAUUAGUUGAAGUGGAUUCUUCGGAAGAAAACACAUUCAUUCAAGGCUACCUUAACGAACACGGACAACAAAAAGGGCGAAUGAUUACAACCUUCACUUAUCGUGGUAACUAUGGGAGCAGGGAAAUAGAAUACAGGGGUUUUCCCGGUUAUUGGAUCGGAGGACAAUCCAUGGAACUGCCCGGACACUGGUAUUGGGGGAAAUCAAUGAAAAAGGUCGACUUCAGCAUCCUAGGGAGUCACGCUGUUGAUAUAACUGACAGUAGUUGUCUGUUCCUUGACAGGGCAAAUCUGUAUCAGGCUGGAAAUAAGCCGUGCUACACUGUGAUGUACUCAGUCUGUGAAAAAGCACCAUACACUGUAUAAAUUGUACUUAAACAUGUAUAAGCACGUAACAAUUUCAAUUCUUUGAUUAGCCUUUGUAAAAAAAAAUAUAUC